AUGCGCCCGCCGAACAAGAAACAUGGACAAAAAAAAAAGAAGACGUUCAAUAGAGCGGAUUUUGGAUCGCGGGAACAGCACGCGCAACUAUUCCCGUCUGCUGGGGCCAAUGCCGUUAAUAUUAAGGAGCCCAACGGCAACGAAACACAGCAGAAGCAGCGCACAAGAAGGCAUCGAAGAGGAUCAAAACGACGAGCCCGACUCUUAGAAAAACGACGGGAGCAACGGGCAACAGUCUAUGAUAAUGGAAACGUUGUUUACAAGCCCGGCGAUCGAGUUUAUGCAAAGUGGGGAGACACCUGGUGGAAAGCGAAAAUCCUCAGUAUUAGUCUGCACAUCGAAGCCAAGAACACCCAAGAAGAGUCACUUAGGGCAAAGAACAAUGAAGCGCACGCCGAGUCCAACCGAAUCAAAUCCAAAUACGCAACAGAAGAACUGCAACAAGAAACGGAGAAAAAAGCCGAGGAUAAAGAAAAACUCGAGCAGCAAACUCAACCUGAAUUCGCUGGCCAGCGAACUUGUGACAACUUCGACUGUACUCUGACAGGCUAA